CUCUUAUCCCGACAGCGAGGGGCAGCGCGAGCAGGGCAGGGUUGGGCCAAGCUCGCCUCCUCUUGGCCCGCGGCCCCGGGCUCCGGAGGCGGCCCCCGCGCCCCUGGCCACCGGGGCUGCAAGUCGGGAGCGCGCAUCCCCGCCGCCCCGCAGCGCCAGGAGCGCCUCGCCGAGGCCCGGGCUGCGGGAGGCGGUGGCGGCGGUGGCGACGCUCACGCACCUCGGAGGAGCGGUGCCCGCGGGCCGGGCCGGGGAGCGCCAGCAGGGUGGAGAUGUCUGCCCAGAGAUUAAUCUCGAACAGAACGUCCCAGCAAUCUGCACCUAAUUCUGAUUAUACCUGGGAAUAUGAAUAUUAUGAGAUUGGACCAGUUUCUUUUGAAGGACUGAAGGCUCAUAAAUAUUCCAUUGUGAUUGGAUUUUGGGUUGGUCUCGCUGUGUUCGUGAUUUUCAUGUUUUUUGUGCUGACUUUGCUGACCAAGACAGGAGCGCCACACCAAGACAAUGUAGAAUCUUCAGAGAAAAGAUUCAGAAUGAAUAGCUUUGUGUCAGACUUUGGAAGACCACUGGAGCCAGAUAAGGUGUUUUCUCGACAGGGCAAUGAAGAAUCUAGGUCUGUCUUUCAUUGCUACAUUAAUGAAGUGGAACACUUGGAUAGGGCUAAAGCGUGUCAGCAGACCACAGUCCUUGACAGCACUGUUCAACUCCAGGAAGCCAUUAGAAGCAAUGGGCGGCCAGAGGAGGAGCUGAACAGGCUCAUGAAGUUUGACAUCCCCAACUUUGUGAACACAGACCAGGACUCCUUUGGGGAGGUUGAUCUUCUGAUUUCAGAACCACCUGUUGUUCUAGAAAAUAAGCCAGUUUCCCAGACCUCACACAAAGACCUGGAUUGAGAAACUACUCUGUAAAGUGUCUUCCUGAAGAUGUUGGGUCUGUCUUUGUAAAGCAAGAAAUCUCCAUUCACCAAAAUUGUUUGUGUGGUUGGGUGGGAGGGGUAUGAGUGACAGAGACAGAAAGAGAGCAGAGAGCUGCCUCAGAGAAGAGGUAAAUAAGCUGAGUUUCUAUGCCUUUCAACACAGUUCAGGCUUCUUGGGGAAUAAAGUAUUUACACAGUCUCAUCUUCCUUGUUGAAAAAUUUGGCCACAUACUCAGUGUCAAUGUUCUUGAGUGGGGGUUCGCAUACUGCAUUCCGGUCACUACCAUGCUUUACCUUUAGCAAGUUGCUUCACCUCUGUGGGCUGCCGCAUGGUUAACUGUAACAUGAGGAGUCUGGAGUAGAUGAUUCAUCCUGGCUCUGAUAUUUUGUGAAUUUGUGACUUUGCAUCCAGAAGAGGCUAGGAUGUAUAAAGCAGUAUAAACUAGGGCACUGCCUCCUGUCUCUUGUAGGAUACCCCAUGUCUGUACCUUCCACUCAACCCUUAACUGAGCCCAGCUUUCGUCAAAGGGCCAAGCAUCUAUGAGGAUGUCAGAAGACUCAUCUUAGUCACUGUGGCCAACAUUUCUGUUGGUUGUACUGAAACAGAUCUUCUGAGAACCUCCAGACACCCAUGCUAAAACCUAGGGACAGCCUUGCCCCUCCUCUCCUAGAAUGAGUACCAAUCCAUGGUAUAUUGCAUGGCAUUCCUGUCCCCAGAAAUGUAGGGAAGGUUGUCAGCCGAGUGAGGGCACGUGUCUCUGUGUUGGUGUAUAUAUGUCUGCUCACAUUUCUGUGUUGUUGGUUAUUGGACAAGGAAAGUGCUGUUUGCCAUGCUAGCUACUUGGCAGAUGUGUGGGUGAUGGUCAUGUGACUAGUGUGUUGCUUUGAGCCGAGGUGGUAAAUGGGUUGUAAAUUCCCCACCAACAGAUAGGCACGGUGGCCUGGUGCAACACGCAGUUAAUUUCAUGAAGGAAUCCGAUCUGCACGCUGGUUUUGGGAAAAGCCUGGUUUUGCAAACACGGUUGCAUGCACAGCCAGCUGCUCAUCUCUGGGUGGCAUUUUCAUUAUGAAUUUGUUCACCACCUGUCUUGCUUAAGCUAAGAAAUAAAUGCAUUUGAUUGCACAGGAAUUUUCUCUGGUUC